AUUUUGACAGAGAAUUAGUUAAAGACUGUGUGAGUGGACCGUGAGAUUAAAUCGUGGACAUCAGAUCAACCACCGGACACUUUUACAGAACUAGCCGUAAUUGAUUCAACGACCAAUAAAGGAGCAAGAAGGCAAAUAAACCAAAAAGAUGGCAACCUAUCCAAAGCUUGUCAAUAAGCAAUUCAAUUCACCAAUUAAACUGUAUUCUCCGCAGAACGUUCAGGAAACGCUCAACAAGCAAACUCAGUUGUUAGCCAAUGGAGCAGUUGGAAUCGACUUCAUGCACAACAAGAACGUGGAUAAGCCAGGCAACUUAGCAAAUUCAGCUGUCUUGAGAAUGCUUGAAGAAGAAGAAGAAAGACAACGAAAAGGACAACCACCAAGUUUGAAAAGAGUUGCCUGGCCACCACCAGCUGAACCUGACCAUCAAUCAGGAACUCCAAUUUUGGAACAAGAGCCUGUCUUCGCUCAGGGUGGUCCUCAGUAUCACACCACCACAUCUCCCAAUCCCUUGUCACGCACAGGUCAAAUCGACUCUCGUCCUCAAGUACAACCAGUCGCUCACCAAGGUUCCAAGAGCCCCGUUCGUCCCGCUCCCCUGAAACCCUUUCAGCCGCAAUCGCCCUUGCCCGUGGCGGCUUCGUCGCCCGUCUUGUCCCAUCCUUCUCCAAUUUUGCGUCAACAGUCUCAAGGAGCGGCCAGCCCGGGCGUGCGCAAUCAAUCGCCGCGGCCAUUCUCGCCCGCAGGUACCGUCGGCACCCCGACACGAGUCGUUAAACCGCUUAGUCCUCGCGGCUGGGCCCCCGUACAACCGCCCGUGUUCACUACGAAGCCAAAUCAACAACAGUACCAGGCACCGCAGCCCAAUCAGGUCACGGUACCUGUGCAGGCACAGACGCAACCUCCGAAUUAUUCGACUUCACCGCAACAGCAACAGUAUCAGCCGCAACCCACGCAAGCCUUCCGCCCUGUUGCAGCUUCAGCGCAACCUCCGCCACCAUCGACAAUCCAGCUGAGACAAGAGGUCCCCGUGACACAACAACCAAACCCCGUGUUUCCUAGUCAACCAGCAACGGCAACCUUACAAGGAGGCACCAACAUGCGAGGAGAUCAGAAAUGGCCACCAGCAGAAGUAAAGGCCGCUGUUGCUGCGGAAAACGAAGCUCGUAUGCAAUUAGCAAAAGGUCCCGCUUGCAGGCCGAGAAAAGUUAAAAAGGACUACUCACAAUUUUUCGCCCAACACGCCUUAAAUGCUACAUACCCCGGAUACCGAGCUCCCCCAGGAACGCAGCACUACGAGGAUAACUCCGGAAUGUCCAGCUUGUAAAUUAUAAUGCACUAAGAUAUUGAUGCCAAAAACUCAGCACUAACACGCUUAUAUAUACUAUUUAUAAG